AUGGCAUCGACCACCGACUCUUCGGUGGUUAUUCCUAUUCCCAUUCCCUCUGAUACCGUGACAGGGAAUGAAGAGUCUGUGGGGGUCGAAUCUGUAGACAUGGAAGCUAGUAUCAUGAAUCCUCCCCCUGCGUCAGGCCGAAAGGAGGCCACAAUGCCAACACUGAUUACUCUUGCUGUUUCACUUCCCCAGUUCCAACGUCCUUUUGCUGUGCCAACCUUGGAAGGUUUGAAUCAACUUCGGAACCUUCACGAGCAAACAAAAAAAGAAGCUAAGGGGUUGAGGGAAGAGGUAUCCAGUUUGUCGGAGAGAAACCAAAACUUGGUGACAGAUUUGAGUCAAGCCAUUGGUCAGCAGGAGGAAUUGAAAAAGUUGAAUCAAGAUUUGCAACUGAAACCAGAUGAUGUCAUGAGCCACCGCACAUUUGCCGUCAAGGAACUCGAGGGUGUUUCUCAGUACGACUUUGAUGUCGUGAAUGCCACCUUGCAGACAUCCGCUAUCCAGCUUGGCCUCCAUCAAGCCUGUGUGGACAUUAAAGAAAAGUAUCUGGAAGAGCUGGAAGGUAAGAAUGUAUUGUAUUUGUACCCAGAUGCACAACAUCAAAUUAUUGAACGUUUUGCUGAGAUGACAACAUACAAGUACUCGCUAGUAUAUUCUCUUGAGAACGAGGAGAUGGUUGUAUGUGGUUUGAGGAAGUUGUUGAAGGUUGUGGAUUUAUCAGGAGCAGAUGAAGUUGGAUUGGGCUAG